AUGAACAACAUCUUCAAGUACGGCUCGAUUGCGGAGAUCCCAUUGUACAAUUGCAGUGCUCAUACUCCUGAAGAAUGGUCGGAACGGGAUGGAGUACGCCGUCCACUCUAUGGCCUGGCAGAUAUGACGUAUGGACUAGUGUUCAAUUUACUCUACAUUCCUAUUCUUUCGGUGCUCUUUGAAAAAGAGAACAUGCGAAUGUCUUGCUUCAAAAUCAUGAUCUUCCUUGCAUCGGUGGAUAUGCUCGCUCUCUGGGUCAACUCAAUCAUCACCGGAUUCCUAGCCUACAAAGGUGCGGUGUACUGUACUUAUCCGAACCUGAUCUACAUUGCUGGAUCGGCUGGUUUGAGUCUUUGGUGUUGCUCGUGCAUUAUCGCAAUGUCGCUAGUGAUUAACCGCUUGCUGGAGCUGGCCAAACCAACGCUGGCCGCAUUUUUGUUCGAAGGCUGUCGCACCUACAUUUUCAUGGGCUUCGCUAUUGGCUACGGAUGUUAUUUUGCGAUUUUCACACCGCCAAUCGUAUUUUCGUCAAAAUAUCACACGUGGUUUUUUGAUCCCAUGAUUUUUGUGAACAGAACUGAUGAGUACGCAAACAUCCCUCACGGUGUCAACAACUUUCUCGUAGUCGGCCUCACAUGUCUCUUGUACGUCUCGUUUUGUUUUGUGCUCGGCAGGAAGCUGAAGCAAGUGUCGAACGGCGGAUCCUCAAAGUCGAACAAAAUGAGCACCCAAAUAUUCAUCCAGUCUGCAAUGAUUUGUGCAAUCAACCAGAUCGCUUCAAUUAUCUAUGUCAUCAUGAACUUCAUCGAUGUUCCCUUCUGGCUUAUCAUUGUUGGACACAGCUUUUGGCAGUUUGGACAUGGAGCCCCGGCGAUUAUUUAUCUCUGCCUGAAUAAGACUAUUAGAAAUGGAAUAAUGAAAAAAAUUGGUUUGAAGAAAUCAAACCCAACAACUCACACUACAAAGGACUCGAACAGCGCGGCAUUCACCAAAACUAACUGAUUUUUUUCCAUGUUCACUAUUCAUUAAUAUUCUUUGCAUACAAAUAAAAGAAAAAUUGGCCUAGAAGCACACAAAAAUAUGAGGAAACUAUGUAAAGAGCAAAAUGUGAUGCCUGGGGAAACAUGAUGACAAGCAGCUCCUUCGGCACCGAGAACGUUUGACACAGUGCCAUGUGGAAUCCGAAAACUGUAUUUCGUUCGGUUUCGGGUACGUGGAUUUGCAUUGAGUGCGUCACUGCCAUGUCCAGGCACCAGAGACCUGGCAAUGAAAAAAAUGAAGUAAUUUUGUUUUAGGGUAGAAUUUAGAUUUACUCAAAUUCCAGAGGGUUUUCCAAAAUCUCAGAGCAAACAAAGAUUUCAUUUUAUCUAGCGCAAUAUACAAUUUAACAUGGUUUUAUUUGAAAACCGGCAAGAAAUAUGCAGGCACGUCUUCAGUCGUACGUGUGUAUGCCUGCCUACCUACGUACCUACCUCGUAGCCUGCCUACCUUCGUACCUACUAUGUAGCCUGCCUAAGUUUGUAUCUCAUACAACUUCGCUUGCGCUUCACACCUGCGUGCCCACUUCAUUCCACCUUGCCUACAUGCCUACCUCAUAUCUACCUACGGUGAAGCCUAUUCAUAAAAUCAUAAGUACAUGUAAUUUAUGCGCAAGUUUCAAAUCUGUAUUUUUUAACGAU